GAGCUAGCGCGAUGGCUGCGCGGACGGGUUUGAGGGCGAGAGGAGAGCGCGGCAGAAGACCGAGAAGCGCGCAGGACCCGGACUAGACCAGCACCGUAUCACUGACUUCGUAUCCAGCGCAUUCCAGCUUUCAGCAUGGCCAAGGGGGACCCCAGGAAGCCCAAGGGCAAAAUGUCCGCCUACGCGUACUUCAUCAAGACCUGCCGCCAGGAGCACGAGAAGAAGACCCCCGAGGUUCCUGUGAACUUCACCAUGUUCUCCAAGAAGUGUUCAGAGCGGUGGAAGACCAUCUCCAGCAAAGAAAAGGGGAAGUUUGAGGACCUGGCCAAGCAGGACAAGGUCCGCUUCGACAACGAGAUGCAGCAUUUCGCUCCUGGCAGGAAGAAGGGUCAAAAGAAAGACCCCAAUGCACCCAAGAGACCCCCCUCUGGCUUCUUCAUCUUCUGCGCGGACCACCGGCCAAAGAUCAAGGCGGUACACCCCACUCUGGGCAUCGGAGACGUGGCUAAGAAACUCGGGGAGCAGUGGAACAACCUGACAGAUGCCAACAAGCAGCCCUACCUGCAGAAGGCCAACAAGCUCAAGGACAAGUACCAGAAGGACGUUGCCGACUACAAGUCUAAGGGAAAGGUGGGGGGAGGAGCCAGCCUGGUACAACAACAACAAACCCAACAGCAACAACACACCAUGACGAAUAACGAUGAUGACGAGGAUGAAGACGAGGAUGAUGACGAAGAUGACGAUGACGAUGAUGAAUAGGAGCUUAUUUUUCUUUCUUUCUCUUGGUUUAUGGUAAUUUAUACACUAAAGGAUUGUUGUUACUGGUAAGACUUUUCUGGAAAAGAUUUUUCCAAUUGAGUCCCCAGGGUUGGGGAAACAUGAGUCGAAGGUUGAGAUCAACCACCAACUAUUGGCCUUGUGGUUGUUCGUCCAAACGGAUUCAGGCCUGAAUCAACUCCACUAAUUAGCACAUCUUAAUGUGUCCCUCGCUCCUCGCAGUGUUUUCCCAACACAUCAAGUAGCAUCCGUUCUUGAAUUUAACCAGUGGAGGUGUUACAACAGAUGUUCAACAACAAAUGUUUAUAGUGAAGUGUGUUAUUGUAAAAUGUAUUCCAACGUAUAUAUUUUUUUGUUUUUAAUUGUAAGGACAAUUUCAAUUGUUUCUUAAAAUUGCUAGCGGGAUAUUAUGUGUGUGUGUGUGUUAGGUUUUGUGUGUUUGUUAACUGACUGAAUACUUCUAAAUGAUAUCUCUGGGAGUAAACUAGAAUUCGGCCCUGUGACUUUGUGCUAGGAGAACAAUUACACUCAAAGCACAUGCUUAAGGUUAUAAUAAUAAAAUAUGACUUUACAUAACCUGGAUGGUUUUUGGACUACUGGACCACAACUAAUUAAUAGCAUUACUAGAAGCCUUCUCAAGUAAUGAAAAAGAUCUGCAAGGUAAAUAAAAUUGGUGAGAGUUGGAACUAACAUGACGUCAUUACCCCGGAGAGGAGACGCUCGUGUCACUGCAAGGGAGGUCGACAAGUUCAGAGAUAGACGUCAAUCAAUGUGUGAUGCUUGAUCUUUUAAUUAAAGGCGGUUUGUCUGCUUUCCAUUGUAACCCGUAAA